CGGCUCCCGCGUUGGGUGGGACCGACUCCGCCGUCCCAGUGGCCGCCUCAGGGACGGGCUGGGCUGGGCCCAGGCCCCCGCUCUCCGUGCAGCGCGCUGAGCCCACGUAGCGCUCUCGGGUGUGAUGGGGCGGGGGCGGGCGUGUUUACAGUAGGGUCUCCCCGGAACGGAGCGGGUUCGUCAGAGGGGCUUUUCUGGCCACUCGCUCCGCCGGGGCUGAAACGUUUGUAGGGACGGAGCUGAAAAGUAACCCCGCUCCCUCAGCCCCAGUCUCCUGGGAGGGGGGGACCCAGGAGUCCGAGCCCCCUUGUUCCAUGGCCUAGGCAGGGAAAGGGAAGGUCUUGGGGACUGCUGAGCCCCUCCUCCCCGUGCCAGCAGCGCUCUGACUCUAAUGCAGGGAGCGAGGGCUGGGGGAGGAUCCUGCCGCUUUAGCCCCCCUCGUGCCCACCAGCGUGGAGCGAGCGAGCUGGCGCGGGAGGCCCCGUCCUGUCCCUUCGCCCCGCUCAGCGUAGUCCCGGGGCCAGGCAGGGGGAGGGGAAAGGGGGCGGCCCCUGGCGUUGGGGUUUCUCCGGCGCUAUGAAUGAAGCUCCCAGGCCACACGUGAGGCGCUGCGCUUUGCAGAAAGGAUUCCCCGCUCGCGAGACGUCUCUUCAAAGUGCGCGGGCAGCGGGUUGCAGCUGGCUGGCUCCUCGCUUGGGGGGAUUGCCGUGGCUGGCGUGCUCUCCUGCCGCACCAGGCCUUUCCCAGCCGGGCACCUCUUACCUGGCAGCGCUGGGCGGGGAAGCAGAGAGCGCGUUUUAUUCUGGGCUGCUGUGGUUCCCCCGCUGUGUGCUUCCCCCGUGCUACAGCUGGAAAGGGGAGCUCUGGCCAGGCGGUAAAGAGAAGCAGGCGUUCCCUGGCGUUUCUUCGCUUCGGUUCCUCUGACAACCAAGAGCAAUUGUUUAAUCUUCAAUUGGCAAUAAUGUCGAGAGGCGAUGAAAAGACAGAUCUGCUCAUUCCCUCCCCCCGACCCUGCGCUACUUCCCUAGGGACAGGGAAGGAAAGUAUAACAAAUACACACAACAGAUCUGCCGAAAACAGGCAGACCUGAAGAAGAGCUCUGUGACACUACAAAGCCUGUCCCUUCCACCAACAGAAAUUACCUUGACCGGGUGCACCUUGAUGCUCUCAUAUCCUGGGACCAACACGACUACAACACUGUAAAGAACUCAGUUCAGACUCAGCAGCUUGGAAUCAGGUGCUCAUCAGUGGGGAGGGCUGGAGACCCCGGAAUCAGCAUCUCCUUCCAGCACUAACCAGGGGAUUUAUUCUUUCAUGCGGCCACUGGGAACUCUGGACUAGUCCUAGCACUACGUUGUGAUUUUUUGCAGUCUCUGCAAUAAACUACCUUUUAAGGUCAAGAUGUUAUUAAAUAUAAAAAGUGUCUUAUGGAUGUGCUGUACCUUAGUUGUAACAUAUGCACUGCAUAAAGUUAAAGUGGAAAAAAGCCCCCCUGUAAAGGGUUCCCUUUCUGGAAGAGCAACCCUACCUUGCUUCUUUUCAACCUUGCCUACCUUACCCCCCAGCUACAACAAUACAAGUGAAUUUCUUCGAAUCAAAUGGUCAAAGGUUGAACAGGAUAAAACCGGAAAAGAUGUGAAAGAAACCACUGUUCUGGUGGCCCAAAAUGGGAACAUCAAAAUAGGACAAGGCUACAAAGGCAGAGUGUCUGUUCCAACCCACCCGGAGGAUAUUGGCGAUGCUUCACUGACUAUGGUUAAACUACGUGCAAGUGAUGCGGGUGUGUACCGCUGUGAUGUCAUGUAUGGAAUUGAAGACACCCAAGAUGUCAUCUCAUUGGCUGUUGAUGGUGUUGUGUUUCACUAUCGUGCCGCAACCAGUAGGUAUACCCUGAAUUUUCAGCAUGCUCAGCAGACUUGUCUGAAUAAUGGUGCUGUCAUAGCAAACCCUGAUCAGCUGAAAGCUGCAUAUGAAGAUGGAUUUGAGCAAUGUGAUGCUGGUUGGUUGUCUGACCAAACGGUUAGAUAUCCAAUCAGGCAACCCAGAGUUGGCUGCUAUGGAGAUAAAAUGGGAAAAGAAGGAGUUAGAACAUAUGGAUUCCGUCUUCCCAAUGAAACUUAUGAUGUAUAUUGCUACGUGGAUCACCUGGAAGGUGAUGUGUUCCAUGUGACACUGCCCAACAAGCUAACCUUUGAAGAAGCUAAGAAGCAGUGUGAGAAAAGGGAUGCAGUUCUUGCUACAGUUGGGGACCUGCAUGCUGCCUGGAGGAAUGGCUUUGACCAAUGUGACUAUGGCUGGCUGGCUGAUGGCAGCGUGCGUUAUCCUGUGUCUGUGGCUAGAAUCCAGUGUGGAGGAGGUUUGCUUGGGGUGAGAACCCUGUAUCGCUAUGAGAACCAAACAGGCUUCCCCUACACACAUAGCAAGUUUGAUGCCUACUGCUUUAAACGUAAACAAAAUAUAUCAGAGUCUGCAUCUGUUGAGCUGGACAUUCCUAUGGAAAGUGGGCCAGCCAAUCCAUUAACUGGGAUAGCUACUCUAAAACCCAAUAUCCCUGAUAGUUCAAUCACUGAAUCAGUUGUCACCAAAACAAAGAUCCCAUCUUUGGAAAAAGUGAUCCUGGAAAGCAAAAAGGAAGAUACAAUACUAAGUACCAGAGGGGGUGAGAAAAAACAAGAAGAGAAGAUGCCUAAGGAGAACAUUAAGUUAACUACUAUUCUACCUCAGAUUGUCACAGAUGGCAAAGUAGAUACUUCUGAAUCAUUGGAAAUGACUAAAACUGAUUCUACACCUAGGCUAGCAGUGAGUACACCUAUACAAAAGGAGUUGGAGCACACUUAUUCUGCAGCAGAAUUAUCUAAGAAAUCAGAUAUUUCUAAAAUCAGAAAGGAAGUUUAUUUGUCCUCAAUAAUUUCAGAGCAUAGAGCAGCUACAAGUGCGAUUCCCACAUCACUUCCAAUCACAGAUUCAUGGGAAGAUGUUGAAACUAAAAAUACACAAACUGUUGAAAGUCAGACUGAACAAAUAGAGGUGGGCCCAAUGAGAACAUCUGCAAAUGCCUCAGUGCAAACCCCUGUGAGAGAGUUUGCUGAAACAGAGACUUCAGUUAAACUAACAAAGGAGGAAAUGUAUCUUAGUGCUCAACCUACAAAAGAAUCAAUGGAAGCAAAAACUCACAAGAAACUAACAGCUAUUGUAAUUCCCAAAGAUCUGCACACUGAUCAUCAUGAACCUACCACAGAGGAGGUGAAUGGCAAAGGAAGCACAUACACUGUUAUGCCUGACCACAGAACUUUGGCUUCUAGCAGAAUCCCAGAAUUAGAAGUAAUUACUGUAUCAAAGACAUUCUUAGACGGUCAUACUGUAACUGCUAGGGCAUCUUCUACAGCAAGUGAGUCAACUCCAGCAGUUAGAAUUACAGAAAAACUUAUUCUAUUUGAUAAUGAGGGAUCAGCUGAAGGAAGCAGAAAGGAUUUGGAGGAUGUGCAGACUACCGAUGCACUUGAAAUUUCCUUUGGAGCACCUAUGUCUACAUCUGUACCAGCAGUUAAUCAGACAGAAGCUGAGGCCAUCACUGUCUCACAAGGUACCACUUCACCACAAGGGGUAGUAAAGAGAAUGCAGACUGACAUCUACCCAUUUCUAAAAACAGAAGGCUCAAUCGUCUUAGAAGACACUAGAGAGCCUGAAUUAAGAACAAUUGAUGUUACAGCCCCUUAUAUCACAGCAGUUAUUCCUGACUCUGAUAAGGACAAAACAGAACCUAAGAGAGAUGUUGCUAGUGAGAAAUUCACACUUGCUCCUCGAGUUUCAAGCACUCCACUACCUACUGAUAAAGAUCAGGAAAAUGUGACAGAAGAUUUGCUUCAUUAUGUGAAAACAUAUGGAGCUUUAAGAACAGGAGAUGGUAUCUCUGGAAUGGAAUUUUCUACAGCUUCUCCAGGGCAAAUUUAUGUUGUAGAACAUACAAAGCACCCUGAAGCAGAAAUUUCAACAGCAAAAGAUAAAACUAAGAUAAGUGUUGAGCCAACGGAAACAAAAACUGAUGAACAACGUACAGCUAUAUCAGCUGAUAUAGAUCAGGGUAAAGAUAUUACAAGUGUCUACCCCACUCGCAGAGCUAUAGAACUGGAAGUGAUCACAGUAUCAAAAAUAUUGCUGGAUGAAAGCAAUGCAACAAUAAAGUCCUUUCUGCCAUCGGGGCCAGCAUCAAAAGCUACAAAAUUACCAACUGCCAGUCCCCCUAUCAUGGAAGUGAUAGAAGGUUUUACAGAACAUGCAGAUGUUGUUUCAAGGUAUCACGAUACUGUGAGAACAUUUGCUCCUGCACCAGAAAUGAAACCAGAAGAAACCACUGAAAAAGCACGAUUUACUGAAGACCUUACAUUUACAGAUAAAGAGUUCACAAAAUAUGCAGUCACAGAGGGUGGCCAGAUAAGUACUGGAACAACCAUUAAAGAAGAAUUAUCUUCAGUGACAUCCACUACUGUAAAAGCCUAUGAAGAAAAGGUUGUACCUAGUGCAGGAAGAGAAGGGCAACAAGAUGAUUUGAUUGAGGAAGGAAGCACUAUAGAGCAGGGCCAAGAUCUAGGAAUCUCCAGAGCGAUGAUUACUAUUCACCCACAUGUGGAAACUCAAGAUAUAGAAGGAACAGUAUUUCAAAAGGAACACUCUACCAAUGGUGAAGCUAUGGUACAAAUGGUUACUGCCACAGAGUCCACAGCAUCCAUUUCUAAAAUGGAUGUGACAUCUACUCAAGUACAUGUGGAAACAGAUGAUCAGAAGGUUGUCUCUAAAUCUGAAUCUGCUCAGACCACUGUUACUGAAAGACAAGAUGUGAUCCAAAUUACUGAAGAAACAGUGGAAGAAAAAACAUAUGGAAUUACUAUAGAGCAAUUGGCUACUGCCACUGAUUCUACUGCAACUACUUCUAAGGUGCCUGUGACAUUUGUCCAAAUAUAUGAACAAAAGACAACUUUAGAACCUGAAUUGGCUCACACAGCUAUUACUGAAAGGCAGGAUGUGGACAUAAUUACUGAAGGAUCAGCAUAUGGUGAAAUACGUACAACUACAGAAGCUUUCGUGCCUGAUAUAAAGAUAAGGGAUUAUGAAAAAGUUCUAGUGUCUGGUGAAACAACCACUGGGACCAUACAGCUUGUACUGUCUCCAGAAGUUGUUGCUGUUACUGAACACAAAGUAAAGACCACUGAAGUUAUGCCAGUACCACCAACCACUGAAACUGAAGUAGAUGAAGGUGGAGUACCACGCAUCAAACAAGAAAAUGAAACAGAAGGCAGUCGUGUGGUGAGUUGGGAAUCCGAGUUACCUUCACAUACAGUGCCUACAGGUCCUUCUGCACCAGAAGGUAUUACUCAUCGGAUUGAGAAGUCUACUUCUGUGGAAAAAGUGGAAAAUUUUACAACUCAUAAUCUGGAAGGUUCAGGAAUAUUGGAGGAACCUAAAGGAAUAGAACCAAUUAUAUUUUCAACUAUUGGAACAGAUAAAACAACAGUUCUAAGUGCAGUAGACAAAAUCCAACCAACUUCAACUACCAAGUCCUUUGUUACUACAACGCCGCCAUGUAUAAUUGACAGGGAAGAUGAGGAGGAAACAAGCAUAGACAUGGUAAUAAUUGAUGAAUCUAUUUCUCCCAGUAAAAUCACUACUGAUGAUGGUCUGACAGUGGAAGGCAAGACAGUGGAACCAGAAAUUGAUAAAGAAUAUUUCACAUCAUCAAGUGCCACUGCAGUUGCACGACCUACCAGACCACCCAAAGUUGAGGAAACCACAGAGGUUUUAGAACCUGAGGAAGUGUCUCCCUCUAUUCCAGACAUGAACAAUAAAUCUGACAUAACAUUAUUUGUUAUUGCCAUUACAGGCAAUGAUACAGAUCCAUUGCCUGGAUUAUUGAUCUUAUCUACACACACAACAGAUGAACCCCAUAUAGAUUCAGACUCAUCACAGGCUGAACCUUGUACCUCAGUCCCUGAUCAAGACUCUUCUGAGUAUUAUAUUGAUCCCAUUAUUUUGAGAACUUUUGUGACUGAAGAAGAUGAAGAUUGUGAAAAUACUACUGAUGUUACAAAUCCUCCAGCAUUGCAGUUCAUCAAUGGAAAGCAACAGGUGACCAGUGCACCUAAAGACACAAAAGCUGAAGAAGCAAGAAGUGACCAAAUUGAAAGUGUUACACAUUCCAAAAAUUUCAAAUUUUCACAAAUCAAUGACACUAACAUCAUAAUAUCUGAAAAUGAGGCCUCUGAUACAAUGCAACAAGGUGUAUCUAGAGAAAUAAAAGGGGCAUUUGAAGUUACACAACAACCUACAGCAGAUAUUGCAAUGUUGGAACCUGUUUUAAGUAGUGAAUUGGAAGUUGCCACUAUAGAUAAAUCUGAGGUAACGUCUGUAUAUGGGCAAUCUUCAUCAGAAACUUUAGAGACCUUAAAACAUAAUGGAAUUGAAUUUCAGCAAAGCUCAACUAAAGACCCCAAAACCUUGCCUUUGAUUACUAUAGAAUCUUCUGGAGAUGCUGCCAUUGACCCUGAGUUCCCUGGUCCUGUCUUUUCAGAAACGGGGAAAAUUACAAUAAAAGAACAUGCAGAAAAAAGUUCUGCUGCAACUUCUGCUCCCAGUCCAGUGUCUGAUAUUGCUACUGUAGAUAUAGGCAUAAAAGACCAUAUGCCAGAAAAGGAAACCUCUAUUCUAAGAGAUGAUUAUAAAUCAACUAUUAAGCCUGAUAGACGUCCCCCACUGGAAACCCUUGUAGAAACAACAACAAGAAGUCAUAUAGUAAAGUCUGUGGAAAGUCCUAUUUCAUUUAUAAUAUCAGAAGGCUCUGGAGAUGUAGAAGAGGAGGAUGUUGCUAAAACUUCAGCUAUGGUGAGAGAGACUGUAGUUACUGAAAAGAUUUCAGCAGAAGAAACUUUCUUAGGGUCUGGCAAACUGCUGACGACAGAAAUUACUGCCACUGUUUCAGGAACCACCAUUUCUUUGCAUAAGGAAACUAGCACUACUUCUGUUUUUGACCAAAGUUCUGAAGAAAUUGCUACCACCACAUCUGUUACUGGGUUGGUUACCGAAAAAGGAGUUAGCAGUGCUACUGGAACAGAAAUGAAAAUGAAAGAAGAUGAAAAAGAAGCACAGAGCACUGCUUCUUCAACUAAGGAACAUUCAUCCACUGUUGAGAUAGGAAAGUUAAUAUUCAGUGAUGGACAGGAAAGCCCUAGUAACAGAAUUGGAAUUGUAGAUCAGGAAUCCACUGCUCUCAGCAAAACAAUACCAAUGACAGAUUCCACAUGGCCUGAAAGCAAAGAGUUUACUGUUGCUCCUUUCUCCACAGAGAAAAGUCUUUUUAUAGAUGAAGGAUCUGGGGAAGAACCAACAUACACUAGGAAAAGCAUUGGAGACAUAAUUUCAGGGGGUGUCACAAGAAGAGUGGUAAGUACUGAUCCCCCAUUUAUUGAUCUAGGUUCUGGAGAAAGAGAUGUUAUCAUUGAUUCUACUGCCAUUAUUUCAGUUCCGUUGGAGUCUUUGACUAGGGGCAUUGAAACACAAACAAAAAAGCAGGAAAGAGAUGUCUACAGCACAGAUACUUCAUCUGUGGAAUAUACAACAACUGUUGAAGCAACAAAGUCAGUGUUAAGUACUGAGUCAGAUGACGUAACUAAGGAAGCUGGAAUAGGAAGGAAGGUAUCUAAGGACAUUCCUAGUACAGGUAAGCUAGGAGAACAAAAACAUGAAACAGAAGCAUAUUAUUUGAUUACAACUCUUCCUUCUCAAGAAGAAUCUUUUCAUCAAUCUAGAAAAGAGAUGACAACUCAUAUUGCAACAGAAGAGCAAACUAAAUACUUCGAAAACUCUGGGGUCACCUCUUCUGUGGAGUCUGUUGUUAAAAUCAUUUCUCCUGACACCAUUGUGACACGUGCUGUCAGCAGAAUAAAGACAGUAACUGAAUCUACAGAAAGUGAAAGUGGAAAAGACAGCUCGCCAACCAUCUUGGCAGAGAACAUUAUCCUUAUUGAGGCAGGCUCUGGAGAAGAAUCCAGAGAUGAGAGCGGUACCAUGAUACCAGUGCCAGAUGGUUCUACAGAAAAAGUACUUGGUACUAAUUUCCCAUUAAUUGAUCAGGGUUCUGGAGAAGUGGAUUCUGUCAUUGAGUCUUUUACAAAAACUACAGCUUCACCGCAUUCAGCAGUUAGAGGACCAGAAACACAAGCAACAGAAGAUGAAAGAGAAAUUAUCAGUGCACCAUCUGUCAAUUAUUCCUUUACUGUUGAGUCUGCAAAUUUAGUCAUGAGUACGAAAGGUGAAGUCAGCACAGUUAGAACUGGAAUUGCAAGAAAAGUCAUCACUGAGGUACAGAUAAAAGAGCAAAUGCCUACUGAAUCCGUAACAAGAACUUUUGCUAUAAAUCUUCCUUUGGAAGAAGAUAUACGUUCUGAGCAGAAUAUUUCUGCAGAAACUUCACAAAAAGUUAUAGAACCCUCUAAAAUAACAACAAAAUAUCCUGUCAUUAAAAGUACAGAAUCUACCCUAGAACAACUUUCAUUUAAUGAUACUACUACUCUAGUAACUGAGUCCAUAAAACUUGAAAGCAAAGAUACAAGCUCUCUAGCUAAACUUACAAAGAAAGAAAAAGACUGGGAAAAUAUUUUCCCAACAGAAGACAUUCACAGGUCACUUCCGAUCCUGAAGGGUGAUGAGCCAACUAAUAAAGAGAUCAUUAGUGAUUCAUUGUUUUCAGGACAAGGAUCAGGAGAUGAACUUAUUAGUGUUCCAUCAGUAGAGCCACUGAAUUUUGUGACUAUAAAAGAAAUCACAAGUACUUUAAGUCCUGAAACAUUUCAUCCUGAAAGUGUGGGACCAAGACUUUCCAUUGACAAAGCCCAAGAAUUUGAAAGUGGUCAGACUGAAUCAAACAAGGAUUCCAGUGAAGAACUCAGGCUAUUCAGUUCUACAACAGAGGCAGUUUCCAAAACAACAGAGAAAAUGGCCACUAGUACUUCUGCUUUAGCUGAAGAAAGUUCUAGGAACUUCAGUAAUAAAAAAGCUACCACAAAAGAGACAUCCCAUUCUGUUUUAAUCACUGAAGACUCUCACAAACAAGAAACUUUUCAUUGGUUAGAAGAAAAUGAAACAUACAGAUCACCAGCUGCUACAGAUAGAGUUGUUACUCAAGAGGAAACUUCACAAUUGAUGACUAAUGAAAAUGUAACUGCUGCUUCUAUAUUCUUUAGUGGAACUCCUCAUUUUGAAACAGAGGAAGCACUUGCAACAUCAACACCAAAAAUACCUUCCACACCGCUAUAUGAAAGUUCUGGAGAAGGAUCUGGCUGGGUGGACAUUUUGGGGUCAUUUCACCCAGAUGCAUCUACUACCCAUUUGCGAAAUCUGGAAAUAACAGUUGCUCCUCAUGUUCAUGAGGAAAACUAUUCUGAAGAACUGAACACAGAGACAGCAUUAAAUGGAUCACAAACUGUAUCAGUGUUAUUUUCCACCCACACAGAAGAAAAAGAGAUCUUACCAAGCCGGACUAGUGUUCAACCAAAGACAGUUACAGGUGAGAGUUUAAUAAAUGAUACAAGGAUAGAAAACAAAGUCCUCCAAAAGCUUGAUGACCUCAGAAAUGUUACAGGGAAUGUUUCUGCUUUUAAUGAGAUCACAUUAGAUGAAACAACAAUCAUAGAUGUGGAUCAUUCUAAACCAAUGCAUGAAGAUAUACUAAGUGUGCAGACAACUCCAGAUACAGAGACUCAUUCAACAUAUGGCAAUAAUGAUGGCAUGAAAGUUGAAGAAGUGGAGUAUGAUUUAACAUCUAAUCUUUCUACAGCUGAAGAGAAAUCAUAUGGAUCUGGUGAUAAUCUUUCCGUGACUAUUUCCAGUAAGUCAAUAAAUAGUGAAUCAGUAACAGCUGAGAACAGACCCAGAUCAGAUGACAAGGAUUUUGGUUCAGGGGAUGUCAUGCAGUUCACAAUGGAAACUCCCAUCCUUGGUGAAUUGCCUGAACUGGAUAUUUUGCUUCCAUCAUCAAUGGCCAGCCCUAGUGUGCCCCCCCGAGUCAGCGAAGAGGCCAAAGAACCUCCAUUUGAAACCAAACAUGUAGCACCAGAAAAUAAAACAGAAGGCCUCUCUGAAUCAACUACUUUGUCAGACAACCAAGCAAUAGCAGAUCAAAGUGAAAUAGUCUCUACCUCUGGGUAUUCAGGAAUGGAACAAGAAGAGCCUGAUGAGAGGAAGCCUUUAUUUCCUUCCUUUAGACCCAACUUAACUACUGAGACAGAACAGGCUUUGACAGCAAAUAUGUCUGUUGUAAGUAUUGUUACCCCACAAAUUGUAUCCCAAAACUUAACAGAGUCAUCUAAUAUAAGUGAAGUAAAACAUCAUACAGUUUACACAGAAACAAAAACCACUUCAACAGAAUCUGAAGAAAUAGAUCCAGCCAAACUUUUUCCUGUAACUCAAAUGCCAAAAUCUUCAGUAACUGUCCCCUUGGUUAAUGAAGUAUCAGAAUACCCUGAAGUUAUCAUUCCAAAAACUUUGUCAUCAACUGAUUCAGACAAGUCUAAUCAAACAUCAGGAAAAACCUUCAAAGAAGUUAGUUCUGAUGUUGCAGCAACUUACAAACCACCCACCAAAGUGCUGUCCACUAAAACUGAGUCUCCACUAGACUCUUCUUCUGAACCUGAAUCAGAAAGCACAUCUGUUGAAAGUACUCCUUAUAUUAGUGGACAGAUAACAGACAGAACAAAGGAGAAAGAAAGUUCCAUAAUAGAAUUGAUUACUGAAGAACUAGCAACCAUUUCUGAAGAUAGAUUUCUAUCAAAAUUUGUCAUACCAACAGCUUUUAUACAUUCUAGAGAAACAGUAGACACAGAUAUUUCAGAAGUUAGCACAGAAGAUGAAACCUCUACAGAGACAGUGAAAGAUCCCAAUCAAGUAGAUGAAAGCAGCACUGAGGGAGCUUUGCCAAGGCUAUACACCACACCAGCUUCAGUGCCACAUGAAAGUAUAGCAGGUGGAAUAUUUAAGCCAGGCCAGGCAACUGUUACAAUAUUAUCUUCAUUGUCACCAUCUCUGGAUAUAAGCCUGGAAACACAAUCAACUGUGGUAGUACAGAAGCAGUCCACAACAAUUUCUUCUGACAUUGCAACAAAACUUACAGCCCCUGAAAACAUUCCUGAGUAUAAUAAACAGACAACAAUAAGCACAGAGGAGCUAAGCACUACUGAACUUGUAACUUCAUCAUUUUUCCUUCUGGACAUUACUAAUGGAUCAGAUUUCCUGAUCGGCAACAGUGGAGAUUCAGUUGAAGGCACAGCAGUCCAUAUACCAGGUCAAGAUCCCUGCAAAAGUAAUCCCUGCCUUCAUGGAGGCACCUGUUAUCCACGUGGCUCUUACUACAUCUGCACAUGUAUGCCAGGUUUCAGUGGCGAGCAGUGCGAAUUGGAUAUUGAUGAAUGCCAGUCCAAUCCUUGCCGGAAUGGAGCCACAUGUAUUGAUGGUCUCAAUCUAUUUACUUGUCUCUGUCUGCCAAGUUAUGUAGGUGCUCUUUGCGAACAAGAUACAGAGACUUGUGAUUACGGUUGGCACAAGUUCCAAGGACAAUGCUACAAAUACUUUGCCCAUCGUCGUACAUGGGAUGCAGCUGAAAGAGAAUGUCGUCUCCAGGGAGCCCACCUGACAAGCAUCUUGUCUCAUGAAGAGCAGAUAUUUGUGAACCGUAUCGGACAUGACUACCAGUGGAUUGGCCUCAAUGAUAAGAUGUUUGAGCAUGACUUCCGCUGGACUGAUGGCAGCACACUGCAAUAUGAAAACUGGCGACCUAACCAGCCAGACAGUUUCUUUUCUGUUGGAGAAGACUGUGUUGUUAUAAUUUGGCAUGAGAAUGGCCAAUGGAAUGAUGUGCCAUGCAAUUACCACCUCACAUACACCUGCAAGAAAGGAACAGUUGCCUGUGGUCAGCCUCCUGUUGUAGAAAAUGCAAAGACUUUUGGGAAGAUGAAGCCUCGCUAUGAAAUCAACUCCCUGAUUAGAUACCACUGCAAAGAUGGUUUCAUCCAGCGCCAUAUUCCAACUAUCCGGUGUCAAGGGAAUGGAAGCUGGGAUAUGCCUAAAAUCACCUGCAUGAAUCCAUCCACAUUCCAAAGGACUUAUUCUAAGAAAUAUUACUAUAAACAUCCUUCACCAGGAAAGGGAACUCUGUUAAAUUCAUCAAAACAUUAUCACCGCUGGAUCAGGACGUGGCAGGAUUCAAGACGCUGAAUGCUAAAUGGUUGGAGAUGGUUUAAAUAUAAUUGUAUUGACUGAAAACUGCCAGAUGAAGAUAAACACACAAGUUACAUUUCAUUUUUUUUUUUAAACUCCGCCAUUUCCCAUCGGAGGAACAGUUUUUGUCCAUGUGAUGCAAAACAUAAAGUGACAUCAAGCCUGAAUUAGGGACUGCAAUGUGGAACUUUUCCUGCUCUCCAUUCCAGCUUCAUCACUGGUGGACUGCAUGGAGGACUUGUAUAUGGCAAAGAAGGCCUGUAAGAGUCAAAGUGCUAAUACAUUAACUCCCUCAACCAGGGUUACUUUCUUAAAAUGACUUUCACAAUACUAACCAUAAGUCUGUGUUACAGGUCUCUGCAUUUUAUAAUGGAGGUAGACCUAGGGUUGGUUUUUUGGGGGGUGUUUUUUUUUAACAAACAAAAAAAAGUCAAAAAAGUAAAUAAUUUUGUAUAUAUAACCAUUUUUAAUCUUUUUUAUAAAGUAAUGAAUGUUUGUGUAUGAAUGCUGCAGCUGUGAAGCGUACAUAAAUAAAUGAAGUAAGCCAUACUGAUUUAACUUAUUGGAUGUUAUUUUACCCAUGCAAAGAAAACGGAAAGAGCUUGGUAGUUCAGUAUUAGCCCCUGAGCUCCCCUGAUGCAUUUGGAACCAUAUUUCAGUUCAGCUGCUAUUCCCCUGAUGUACUAAAUUCCUAGGAAACAGGAUCACUUGUUUGUGAUGAAAUGGGUGACUUGUAGAAGAAUCAGCAUGUUGGCUAUCUAAAAAGAAAUGCACAAAAAGAUUAGAGAUCAUAGUGAAUGCAGUGUGCAUGUAGGACUUCUUUAUUUUGAUUGUUUUAUUUUACUUUGACCCAUUCAGCUCAUCAUUGGUCUGGACAUGUAUAGUAAGGUAGUAUUUAAAAUAAGCUCUCCACAGCAAGGACCAUGUUAAUUUGGUUGCUUCGGCAAAGCACACUUUUGGGCUGUGUAAAAAAAAAAAAA